AAGAAAAAUAGUACUAGUACUGAGAAUAAUGAAAACUACAAAAAUUUGCAUAUAUUGGAUCUUUUUGUUCAAAAGCGACGUGGAUGUCUGCUGACUAAACAUAUCAAAUCAUCAACAGAAAAUAAAUCACAACAUAUUAGCACUAGAAAUAGUACAAUCAAUUCAACUGAUCCAAAUUUAUAUAAACGUCAAAAAACUCUAUUAAAUAUCCUUAACAACAAUGCUAAUAUAAUUGAUAACAUUUUUAUCAAAGCAACUCAUGAUAUGAAAGAACAUGUUACUAAAUAG